UCCCAACAGAACUGCCUUCGUCCGGACAUGCCGUACAAGACCGGCCAUGCGGACUGGAGCGGUCUGGACCUGGGGCUCUUCAUCGGGGCGGGCGUCCUUGUCACUGCCGGGCUAUAUGAGCACAAAAGAUCUCUGGCCACGCACACACCGUCCGAAGUACAACCUGUGCAAGGUGUUCAGUACGUCCCGUCAGUCAACAGUCAGUACACGGGCCUGAACCUGGUACCGCUGGCGCCGCAGACCCCGGCCGGGGUGCUGUGCAGGAGCGCCGCCUUUCCUCUUGGAAAGAACGACAAGAAAGUAGCCGGGAGCGAGGAUAGUAGAGGUGACAAGACAGACCAGCAAGUCUUCGCCCAUUUUGGUAGGACUGCUGAAACAAAUAAGGAGACUACCUCCACCGAGGAGGCCAACAAGUGCCCACGGGAUGUCUCGGACGAGACGCCGACGGCUGUCGGUCCCGUGAAGAUGCGCGACAAGGCGCUAUCCACUGCGGAAGACGUCCGUGCAGCUUCUACUGAGAGCAAGAAGACGUCUGAAGACGCAGUAGAUGGAUGGGACAACAAGGAGGUGUUCAACGAUGCUGUGAACAAGAGAGGCACACCACAGUCCUUGCCCCACACAAAGACAAGGACCGACCACAACGAAGCAGACGUGUCGUCUGAAAAUGACGUCAACGUGUCUGAUGAUGACCAGGUGCCGGCCAAAGAGGUGAUGACGUUCAACUCUGACAUCAGCGACCACAAGAAGUCACCUUCCGCGUGUCCUCUUGGAGGGGGCCAAGUCUCCGAGGGGAACGCCGGGAAGGACCACGACUUCUGUGGGAAUGACGUCACCUCUGACGUCAGCAACACCUGCAGUCUGCCAGAUCCCGCUGACGGAGAAAACGCGGGAAAUGACGUCAUCGACAGGUCUGGAGAGACAAGUCCUCGGCGCGCUGACUUCACAGAGGCAGAAGUCAUCACAGUCACGGCAUGUCCCGUUCGGCACGAGCUUAGCGCUGCUACACGAGAGGUGAUCGGAUCCACGCCACACGUCACAGACAAGACGGACACUGAAAUUAGCUGGGAACAGUUCCUGUCCGAGGGAGAUUUUGACUCCGAGAGCGGCCACCUGUCCCAGCACGUACCCGUGAGUCCCCGGCUGCAGAGGAAGCUGAGAUGUGCCGUGCUCUACGCUGAUUGGCGGGAAGACAGCCAGUUUUGUCACCGAGAUGACGUCACGACCAAUCAGGUUAGCUUCUCCUGGUUUGGGGAAGAUGAUGACGUCACUGAGGUGAAGGUCUACUGCGCGGUUCUUGAAGGUGUGUGGAGAGAAGAGUCCGGAUUGGUGGAGAAUCACGUGACCAACACGACAAGUGGUGAUGACGACAUGGAGCCAUACUACCCUGGACACGGGCGCAGGAAUGAAAUCCAGUCUGGGAACGAGAUCUGGGUCUAA